AUUCGAUGUACCUCUUUCUGCGAUGAUGAACCCAUAAAUCCGCCAUGCUCGACGACUGGUCAACUUCUCACAAUGACAUUAUGCGCAUCUAUCGUUCGAAACGAGAUGCUGCUCGUGGCACCGUUCAGUCGAAAUACAAUAUCCUUGGCUUCAUUUCCUCUGGCACGUACGGUCGUGUCUACAAAGCUCAAAGCUUAGAUCAGGAGGGGAAAAUACAUGCCAUAAAGAAGUUCAAACCAGACAAGGAGGGAGAUGUUAUCACGUACACAGGAAUCAGUCAGAGUGCUAUCCGGGAAAUCGCUUUGAAUAGAGAGAUCAGUCAUGACAAUGUCGUUGCCCUCAAGGAAGUUAUUCUGGAGGAUAAAUCGAUUUACAUGGUCUUUGAUUUCGCUGAACACGACUUUCUUCAAGUCAUUCACCAUCAUUCUCAAACACUUCGAUACCCAAUUUCAAUGCCUGUCCUCAAAUCACUGAUUUACCAACUAAUAAAUGGCCUCAUUUACCUCCAUUCUUGUCAUAUUCUUCACCGCGACCUGAAGCCAGCGAACAUCCUUAUCACCUCCAACGGCGUUGUAAAGAUUGGGGACCUUGGUCUUGCCCGACUGAUUUACGAACCUUUGCAGCCUCUGUUUGCUGGUGACAAGGUGGUGGUGACAAUCUGGUAUCGCGCUCCUGAACUCCUGCUGGGUGCUAAGCACUACAAUAAAGCUAUUGAUUGUUGGGCUGUCGGUUGCGUGAUCGCUGAACUCGCGAGUCUGCGCCCAAUCUUCAAGGGAGAAGAGGCAAAACUAGAUUCAAAGAAAAACGUCCCAUUCCAAAGGGACCAACUUCUGAGGAUCUUUGAGGUGUUGGGUACACCCGAUGAAGCGGGUUGGCCUCGUAUUGUACAUAUGCCGGAGUACAAUAACAUGAAGAGGUUGGAUAGAUAUCCGAGCAGGCUUCAUGAAUGGUGUCAAACUCGCAUACGCUCACAACAAGGAUAUGACCUACUUCGUCAACUUUUCUCGUACGACCCAGAUCGCCGACUUACUGCGAAAGAAGCUUUGCAACAUCCCUGGUUCCAUGAAGAACCGUUACCUACUUGGAAUGCUUUUCAAUCUGCUGGCUCUCAUCAGAUACCACCUCACCGAAGAAUAACCCAAGAUGACGCACCGUCUAUGAUGCCCGUCCCAGCACAAAACAAUUCUCACCCGCAUCUGCUUGGGGGAGGUGGCAUCGGGGGAGGUAUCACUGGACCUGGGGCCCCUUUCGCGCAAGCGCAAACAUCCAAAUCAGGAAGCUCUACCAGUUUCACGAGUGUAAGCGGUGGUGGUGGAGGAGUCUAUGGUGGCCAAGCUCCUACUGGGAGCUCGGGGCGAGGUCAAGGUGCAAGAAAGAAGGCGAGAUUAAACUAGCAUUCAUUUCUCCCUGGAGGAUAUCGAUUUGAUGAGAUAUGGUCAUACGAAAGAAAUUUCUCAAGCUAUCACAUAUGUUCGCCGAUCAGAAGCUCUACAUACCGAAAUCAAUUCUCCUACGAACGGUUGAAACUGAAAUGCACUCCACCCCUCAAUGCAACCUGUCGCGACGCGUUAUCGGACGCUUGUACGCGGUAGUAAUUAUAAUGGUGGUAGGAUGCUUUUACCUUUUACAGGAUAAUGGACGGUGCUAUUUUCGGGUAUGAAUUCGAGUUCGAGCUGAUUUGACAUAUCACAGGCUAUCAUUUGGUUCUUGCUAUUCUCAAAAAGCAAUCGAGUUUAAACUAGAGUCGCGACACGACCAGCUACAUAUAUGCACGAGGGGACCCAGGAACAGUUGUGAAUGUGGUAGUUUGCAAACAUAUCACUCCACGAACUCAUUCGCUUUCCUUCUCUCAACCAUCUCAAUAGACGAGGUCAUCAGAUGACGCUUCCGUAUCUUCAGAUGACACUUCCAUAUCUUCAGAUGACGCUUCCGUAUCUUCACCUCCAGCUUCCCAUUCUCUUUCAGGAGGCGUACCGGACGAUGAUACCACGUUCAUCAUGAUCGCGUCACCGAUUGCACGCGCGACUCCCAUAUCGAGGCCGUAAGCCUCCGUACACGACGCAAUUAGCUUCAGGUUGAGCGUCACCACGGUGGAUGCCUCGUCCGAACCCAGUUCGGAUGGGUCGACGGUUUGAGUGAAGGAUACGAGGACUCUCAGGACGCCCAUUUCUCCAACAAGGGAUGACAGGUUAGGGAGGGUCUCCAAGGCUUUCUCUGUAUCCGAAGGAGUCACAUCUUGGAAAACAUUCCUAGGAUGAUACGAAUCCGCAAGGGCUCUCGCUUUGGCUGCCAGCUCCUCCUCGUCAGUCGGACGGAGGACUCGGAGGAAGACCCAAAAGCGUUCGCCCUUCGAUGUCUUGAUCACGAAGAUGAGCAUAGCCUCAUCCUCGACAAGAUGUAUACAGAACGGAGUAGAGCGAUCUUUGAUCCAAGACAGCGUAGUUUGUGCCGAACGGGACCAGUGAACGAUCUUGGCAGACGGAUUUUCCGAGUACAUCAGUGCGGUAUCUCUUGCCUUUUUCUUCCUCGAUCUCCCGGGCGUUACGAUGCACCCAUACAGGUACCUUAUACGUUCCUUCGUCUCCUUCGAAAAUUCAAAGACUUCAUCGAUCCUCCGGCCGUCUUGACGAUGAUCGAAAGUAGCCGCCAAACAGAGAGUGACGUAUCCGAGAGCGUGUUGUGAGGAUAUGGUCGGCUCAAAAAUCUUCUCGAUGAAGUAAUCGAGCAUUAUCAAGAAAUGCUCGAGGUUCCUAAACCAGCGUGCUGCUCCAGCUAAGAUGAACGGCUCGUCGAUGGUGAUCAGGCUACAACCGGUAUCGACGAAGCGACCGAAGCCCUUAUUGACAAGAACGAUAUCAUCUACAGAAAAGUAGUUCCGUUCGCCCGUCUGUAGCAAGUAUGAGAGGACGGUUUGGUGCAUGCAUAAUGAUAAACGACGAUUCGAGUCUGACAAUCAACGUUCAGCCUAGGGGGUCCAAUUGAAAAAAUAGUAGAAUCGUACCUAGACUUUCGAAAGGAACACUUGAAAAAGGCGUUCUGUGACAAAGAUCGGGGCCCCAGUUCCGACCGGGGGGGCAGUAGCCACCGCUCAACGUGGAAAUAUAUGAAUGAAGUUGCUGGUGUGGUGAAAUGAAUAGCUCCUCCAAGAAAACUGACAAGAGCGAAGCCGUGAUCCG